CCUGCGUUUUGUCUGUCGUGCAGCAACUUUGAUUCAUUCUCUGAGCGUGCGCGGGUGGGAAGUUGGAAGUUUUGCCUCUAAUUCCAACAUUCUGAGCUAACAAAACUUUUCGCUGUUAAUACCUGGAGAUAAUAACGACACCCUCCCCUCACCCCUACUCCAAGUGCAUGGGAACUUUCCUGCACACUGUUGGGAGAGCAGAUGUGGAGGAAGAGAGAUCACUUUUAGUGAACACAAGUUUUUCUUAACCCUUUAAACUUCUUUCCCCCUUUGCUCUUUUCCCGGAUUGUUUCUGUUUGGUGUUGCAUUUUAACAACAUGCCAUGCUCGGGACUGGGUGAUGUCACUAAUUUUAGUCUCGUUUUGUGCUGCAGGGGAUAUUUGCAGAUGGUUUAGGAGACCUGCUUGCAACCCAGAAUACUUAAUCUCAGGUGCAGGGACUGAGUGAGGUCAGAUUUGUUUUCCUCUGAGUGGUCUUCAGCUUGCUGGUUAAUUAAGAAUGCUUUCUGCAAUUACUAAUCCAGCUUCCACUGAAAGUAUUGUGUCCAACGAAUGCACGUGAGGUUUACACUUAUCAGCUAGGAUUGUGUCUAAGCAGAGCCUCCGCAUCUGUUCUUAACCUCAACUGCAGCCUUAUCCUUCUACCCAUGUGCCGGACACUCCUGGCCUACCUUCGAGGAUCCCAGAAGGUUCCAAGCAGGAGAACCAGAAGACUGUUGGAUAAAAGCAGAACAUUCCAUAUAACCUGUGGUGUUACUAUCUGCAUUUUUUCAGGUGUGCACGUGGCUGCCCAUCUGGUGAACGCCCUCAAUUUCUCAGUGAACUACAGUGAAGAUUUCGUGGAACUGAAUGCUGCAAGAUACCGAGAUGAGGAUCCUAGAAAACUUCUCUUCACAACUGUUCCUGGCCUGACAGGGGUCUGCAUGGUGCUGGUGCUCUUCCUGAUGAUUACAGCUUCUACAUACGCAAUACGAGUUUCUAAUUAUGACAUCUUCUGGUAUACUCAUAAUCUCUUCUUUGUCUUCUACAUGCUGCUGAUGUUGCAUGUUUCAGGAGGACUGCUGAAGUAUCAAACUAAUUUAGAUACCCACCCUCCUGGCUGCAUCAAUCUUAAUGGAACCCACUACCAGAAUAUUCAUUUACAAGAUUAUCUCUCAGAACAUUUUCGUGAAUCUUUUCCUGAAGGAUUUGCAAAGCCAGAUGAACUUACCCAAAACAGAUUUGUGAAGAUUUGUAUGGAAGAGCCCAGGUUCCAAGCUAAUUUUCCACAGACUUGGCUUUGGAUUUCUGGACCUUUGUGCCUGUAUUGUGCUGAAAGACUUUACAGGUGUAUCCGGAGCAAUAAGCCAGUCACCAUCAUCUCAGUCAUACGUCAUCCCUCAGAUGUCAUGGAAAUCCGAAUGGUCAAAGAAAAUUUUAAAGCGAGACCUGGCCAGUAUAUUAUUCUACAUUGUCCCAGUGUGUCUGCGUUAGAAAACCAUCCAUUUACCCUCACAAUGUGUCCUACUAAAACCAAAGCAACAUUUGGUGUCCACCUCAAAAUAGUAGGAGACUGGACAGAACGAUUUCGAGACUUACUACUUCCUCCAUCUAGUCAAGACUCUGAGAUUCUACCCUUCAUUCAAUCUAGAAAUUAUCCCAAGCUGUACAUUGAUGGUCCAUUUGGAAGUCCAUUUGAGGAAUCCUUGAACUACGAGGUUAGCCUUUGUGUGGCCGGAGGCAUUGGAGUAACUCCAUUUGCAUCAAUACUCAACACCCUGCUGGAUGACUGGGAACCGUACAAGCUCAGAAGACUAUACUUUAUUUGGGUGUGCAGAGACAUCCAGUCCUUCCGUUGGUUUGCAGACUUACUCUGUGUGUUACAUAACAAGUUUUGGCAAGAGAACAGACCUGACUAUGUCAACAUCCAGCUGUACCUCAGUCAAACAGAUGGGAUACAGAAGAUAAUUGGAGAAAAAUACCAAGCACUGAAUUCAAGACUUUUUAUUGGACGUCCUCGGUGGAAACUUCUGUUUGAUGAAAUAGCAAAAUGUAACAGAGGGAAAACAGUUGGUGUUUUCUGCUGUGGACCCAGUUCAAUUUCUAAGACCCUUCAUAAACUGAGUAACCGAAACAAUUCAUAUGGGACAAGAUUUGAAUACAAUAAAGAAUCUUUCAGCUGAAAACCUUUGAGAUGAACCAGGACUCUGAACAAGGAAUGAGUGCAAUUUCUAAGACUGAAACUCAGCUGAAUCGACCAGCUGUGUCAUACCAAAGAGUAGCAAGGUUUUCUUAUUUAUGAUUAUUUAAAAUGGAAAUACAGAGAAUGUGGCAAGAUGACAGGUCACAUUACAUGUUUAAUCUGGAAACCAAAGAGGCCCUGAAGAAUAGUUGAUGUGAUGAUUCACUUUUCAAUGCUCAGAUUAAAAGAAAACUAUUAGAUGCACACUGUUGAUUUUUAUGGCAGAUUCAAGAACUCCCUAGUGAGGAGCUGUGCUUGCUCACUGUGACGCUGAUAGCCUUGGUCCUCUUUAAAUUGUUUUUGGUUGAACAAAUGCAACAUUGAACAAAAUUACAAAUUCAUUGAAACUCAGAUUACAUUUUCUACGUGAGUAUAAACAAGAGUAGCUUUGAUUUUGAAAAGCUUCAGGCAAAUAUAUUAGAUGUUUGAAGAUAUAGCACAGGACUCUAUUAAUACGGGUACUUUGUAUCUAAUCUUCCUCACUACUGAUGCUAAUACCUCUGUUUGAUGUCUGUAGACUUUAUGCUAAAUGAACUUUUAUAAAUGUUGAUAUGGUAUCUAUUUUUACAUUUUCUUUCUUCUUUUUUCCUGUCUAUAAGGAAAUCUUCCCUCCUUUGCAUGCAUUAGAGACAGUGAUUUAAUAGGCCCUUUCCAUCCACAAUUUACUUAAUCUAUUACUGUUGCAUAGUAAUGAGGAAACUAUCAUUACUCUAAAUUAUAAAGAAAUAUAUAGACUUUCCUUUUUCAGCA